CUGACUAACAGCGUUUGACAGAGUACAAAAGUGGCUCCUUCUCAAACUAACAUUUUGCACUUUUGUGCUUUGUGAUACAUAUUUGUUGAUAUAUUUAUGUUUCUCUGCGCUUCACUCCAAAUUGAAAGUGUUGCAUUAUUUUCAAGAUGAAGUUUGAUAAUAUCCUGGCUGAUCUGAAUGGCUUUGGGAGAUUCCAAUUAAGGACGAUCCUGUUGAUGUUAAGUUCUCGCAUGACUUUGCCUUUAAACAUGAUGCUGAAUAAUUUGAUAGCGGCUGUUCCCUCUCACCACUGUGACAUCGCCUCUCUGGAUUAUGGAGACGCUUUUAGGAAUUUAUCACAUGAAGAGAGACUUAAUGUCAGUAUUCCACUUCAGGAGGAUGGGACUCUAAGCUCCUGUCAGAUGUUUGCAGAGCCUCAGUAUCAUCUGCUGAUAAACUCCUCCAACAUCACUGACCUACACACAGUGCCGUGUCAGAAUGGAUGGAUGUACGAUAACACCACCUUCAAGUCUACUCUGGCCACAGAGUGGGAUCUUGUUUGUGAUAAGAGAAGACUGAACAAAGCCACGGCCACUAUUUUCUUCAUUGGGGUCAUGCUUGGAGCAGUCGUAUUUGGUUAUCUUAGUGACAGGUUUGGCAGGAAAAGAGCACUUCUCAUGUCCUACAUAACAACCACCGUCUUUGGAUUUGCGACUGCCUUUUCAUCUAGUUUCGCCAUGUUUGCUGCUAUGAGAUUCUUUGCUGGAUUUGGACUUUCUGGAAUAAGUAUAAUCACCGUGGUCCUUUGUAUUGAAUGGGUGGACAUUAAGCAUCGCACUGCAGUAGGAUGUUUUAUAAGCUUGGACUGGAGUAUUUUUUCUGCUCUUCUACCUGUUGUGGCCUAUUUUGUGAAUGACUGGAGGUACCUGGUGGCCACAGUAACUUCUCCACUGUGUCUGGCCAUUAUAUGUUGGUGGUGGCUCCCUGAGUCUGCCAGAUGGCUGAUAAGUAACGGAAAGGUGGAGAGUGCUCAUUUUUACCUGACCAAGUGUGCAAAAGUCAACGGCAGAGAGCAGUUCAUGGCUGACCUAAAGCCUGAGGUUCUGUCCAAAGUAAUACUUGUAGAAAAUGAAAACAGAAAAUAUUCCUAUUUGGACCUCGUGAGGACCCCCAGAAUGAGGAUAUUGACUCUGCUGACUGGCAUUGUGUGGUUUGCGGUGGCCUGUACGUAUUACGGAAUCAGCUUGGAUAUUGACGGCUUUGGUGUGAACAUUUAUCUCACACAGUUCAUCUAUGGAGCAAGUGAAAUACCAGCAAAAGCCUUCAUCUAUUUCAGCUUGAAAAAAAUUGGCCGAAGGUUUAGUCAAGCUGGUUCACUCAUUCUGACUGGACUUUGUCUCUUCUGUAACAUGUUUAUCCCUCAAGAUAAAGGGUCAUUUCGGACAGCUGUGGGAGCUUUGGGAAAAAUGUUUGCAGAGGCAGCUUUUACAGCUGUAUUUCUGUACACAACAGAGCUUUACCCCACAGUAAUGAGGCAAAACGGACUGGGUUACUGCUCCUUUAUGGCCCGUACAGGCGUGGCUUUGUCUCCCUUGAUCAUUCUUCUUGGAGAAGUAUGGGGUCAUUUACCAAGUACUGUUUUCACCCUGAUUGCUUUUGCUGGAGGGCUGUCAGCUUCCCUCCUUAAUGAAACCCGAAACGUCCGUCUGCCAGAGACUAUUGAGGAUGUGGAACAGACAAGAAGGAGAUCAAUCUCCACACCGGAGGAUAAAUCUCAACUCUGAAUUUCGUUUGAUUGCAAUUAGAAGACUUGUCAUUUGAGUUGCAGGGAAUGUAAGAAGAAAAAAGUAAACAGUGUGACCUGGAAAAAAAAACAAACAAAUGCCUAUAUAAUUAUUUUCAACUGUUAAUGUCUGUCCUGUACAAAAUACAUUGUAAAUGCUUAAAUGCCCAUUGCUUAAAAUGCAGAAAUUGCCUCGCAAGAAUAGUCAAGAUUCGAAUCACUGAUCUUGCAGUAUGUCAGUAUGUGUGUAUAAAGCUGAAUAAACAUCAUGAUGUGUGA